GCUGUCAUCUGCAGGCUCCUGUUUUGGUGUUAAUGAUGUCUGGUAUCAAAAGAAAGAAGUGUACACUUUUAACAUGGAGGACAGUUCUCUGGGUCUUAUUGACCAACAUCAUGCUGCUGCUGUAUUGCCUGACGAACACAACCCAAGUAAAGAUCAGGGGCUCAAAACAAGACACGUGUCCUCUCAGUAUGGCCAAAUUUUUAAAGAAAAAUGUGAGCACACCUUCUCAGAGCAGAGAAGCGUGCUCCCCCGCAUUCAACAUCAUGUUCAUGAAGACCCAUAAAACUGCCAGCAGCACCAUACUCAACAUCCUCUUCAGAUUUGGAGAAAAGCACAAACUUAAAUUCGCCUUCCCCGAUGGGCGCAACGACUUCUUCUACCCGUCGCCUUUCCUGUGCUCCCAGGUGAAGGACUACAGGCCUGGAGACUGUUUCAACAUUGUUUGUAACCACAUGCGCUUCGACCAUCAGGAAGUAGCCAAGCUCCUGCCUUCAGACGCUGUGUACAUCACCAUCCUACGUGACCCAGUGGAUCUCUUUGAGUCGUCCUUCCACUAUUAUCACAGAGCGGUUCCUCUCACGUGGAGGAUCAAUGGAGAGAACAAACUGGCGGAGUUUCUAAACAGUCCUCAGACCUUCUACAGCCCAGAGGCCUUUAACUCAUUCUACCUUAAAAAUCUGCUCUCUUUUGACUUUGGUUUUGAUAACAAUCUGGAGGCUGAUGAUCCUCGUGUAAUGAGGAAUAUUCAUAACUUAUCGAAACUUAUUGAUCUGGUUCUCGUAGCAGAAUAUUUCGAGGAGUCUCUUAUCCUGCUUAAGGAGACACUGUGUUGGACCAUGGAGGACAUACUAUACUUUAAACUCAAUGCUCGCAGGAGCUCAUCUGUAUCUCGUCUUACCUCUGAGCUGAGAGCCAAAGCUUUACAGUGGAACGGAGCUGACUGGAGACUCUAUCAGCACUUUAAUGCUACCUUCUGGGCCAGAGUGGAGGCGUACGGGAGAGACAGAAUGGAACAGGAGGUAAACGAGCUGAGGAGACGAAACACUGAGAUGAGGGCCAUCUGUAUCGAGGAUGGAGGUGCAGUUGAAGCCCAGAACAUUCAGGACAGACGCUUCCUGCCCUGGCAGCCAGUUGGAGAGUCUUCAAUUCUCGGAUAUAAUGUGAAGAAAAAUAUUGAUUCGAGAUUCAGGACAAUCUGUGAAAAAAUGCUCACACCUGAAAUACAGUACUUGUCAGAGCUGGGCGUGAACCUGUGGCUUACUAGACUGUGGGGUUGGUUUAAGGAUACUGUUUUUAGUUUGACUUGAAUUAUGACAUUUACAGUGAAAACAUUGUAAUUUAUCCUACAACAUGUGUGUUUUUCAGUUUUCUUCUGAACAAUGCAUCCAUAACGUUACUUCAGAUGUGUCACCUAGAAGCUUUAUUACCCUUCGGCACCUCAGACACCUCCAUUCAAAACAUCUUGGUCAUAAUUGCUCCUCACAGUUUGUUGUAUCUUUCAUCAUUGUACACUCCAUAAAGAUAAUGUGUUUACACUCUUUUAAAACUGGCAUGAAGAGUAAACAGUAAGACUCCCCUAUGCACCUAAGUUGUAAAAGUCUGCAGCUGAUUCUCGCCUCCAUGGUAAGGUUUACAUAGUUACUGCUCCAGCAAUGUUGCGCAAAGUUUAUUUGCUUGAUUUUCCGCUGCAAGAACAAAUGUUUCCUCGCCCUGGUGCAAAUUUUCCAUUGAACCCACAGGAAUGAAAUCAGGGCGUGCCAUCUAUAUUGUUGAGAGUGGUUCUUGUAAUUCAGUGGGACGGGCAAUGCUAGUGUGCCCCCUGGAGGCCUGAGGCUCAGGUGCAGUUUUAUGCAAUGAAUUUGAAUGGCUGUGGCCUUGCCUGACCCUGUCAGUCCAGUUUACAUGUCUUCAUCAUCAGCAGUAAUGAUGGUUUGACAUGGCAAAACUUUUUUUAUGUGGGUACAUUUUAAUUUCAAUUUAGGCAUAAACCAGUGAUAAGUGUCAUGAUUUUUUUGGUAAAAGGGUGGCAGCUACUUUUUGCUAGUUUGGCCAGGCCAGUAUAAGCUAUACUUUUGACUGAUAGCCUUAGAUUUCCAACACCAUCUUAUACCUUGACCUGCAGGUUAAUCUGAAUGAGCUUCAUCAUGUCAUGCCAAAGGAAAAGUUGAGUUUAACAAUUUAAUUUUCUUUUCAUUGCAAUAUUUGUGGUGCAUAUAGACAUUUUUAUAACACAUCUCUAAUGAAGAUUGUCUUCCCAUACAAAUAUAAAAUGUCACCCUUGAGCUUAAGAUUCCGUAUUAUGUAUGUACUUGAAGCUAAUACAGCAGGCACAUCUAACUGCAGAGACCUUAUGUACAGUAUUGUGUGCACAAGGAAUCAUUGUUAAGGCUCAUACACUGAUUACUGGUAUCACUGAAAUCUGUCAGCCUGGUUGUCCUGCUUUUUUUUUUGUAAAUGAUUUUUGUUGUAAACUUGCUUGGAAAUAUGCUAUGUAAACAAAGGGUGUAUUUGUAACUAUUAUAUUAUUUUUACUUAUUUAUCAUAUGUAGGCUUACUUUUUUUGGUUGUAAUAUAGUACAUGUGGAAACAAUGAGCACUUGUCUGUCCUCACACCAUUCUGUGGCAUUUUUGUCUCAGAAUCUGGCCGUGGCCUUUGCUGCUUCUUAAAUGUUCCUUUUUUGUUUUUACCAUCUAUAGCCUCUAAAUAAUGUCCCUUUUCAUUCAGGUGAUUUUUGUACAGAACAUGUACUUGUAUGUAUGCGGCCCAUUGUGAUAAAUGCCAUGUAACUUGAUUUUUUGAAGUCUCCACCUUGUGUUACGUGUUCAUUUUCUUGGUGAAAAAUAUUGCAAGGUUGUUAAUGAC